ACACUCCGCCUACAUUGCUAUUUAAUUAUCAACAAACUAUCCACAAAAACCUUCCUGUCCAGCCAGUUUCUCAGAGCAACUGUGGGAGUCACAGCAGCUCUCCUGUCACCAUGAAGGGGACCUUCUCAAAUGCCAUCCUUGUUCUUGCCAUCUCCAUGUGGACUGUCUUUGCAAUUGACUUUCCCCUUCCUAUGGCCUCCAAGGGAGCUCACCUCGAAGAGACAAUGGCCGACUGUAUGAAGAAUGUACGUAAGUGCUGGGUUUUCUCCCUCAUGAAGCCCAGCGAACCCGUUUGUGGCAGUGACCAGGUUACCUACAAUGACGAGUGCCAUCUCUGCUUCAAAAUUCUAUAUGAAGGGCUUCACAUAACUAAACUGUAUAAUGGACCAUGUGAACAGUCUUGAACUUACCACGAAGAAUUAUAAAACUUCCUGAAUGCCCAGAUGGCCAAGUGAAACAACGGUUGCCUCUUUAAUUAUACCCCCUUUGUAGAAUCAAUGGUUAGGAUCAAACUCUUUGAUUUGCUUCUUCAGUAAAUGAGUCUCAGCAGAAAA